GGAGAGAGCGCCAGGGAGAGGCUGGUGUGAAGAGCCGCAUCUCAAUGAGGGCCGGGCUAAUGCAAAUCACUGCAAUCGGCAGCAGCAGAAGAAAGGCGAAGCAGCUGCAGCCCAGGCUCCCCAGCAGCGCGCUCCAGCCAGGGGAGGCGUAACAAAGGCAGCGGAGCCGCUUUCUGCGGCAACUACUGCGAUUAAAGCCGGGUGGUCGCUGGGGGGGGAGGGGGGGAGCUGCCGCUUUUUGGCCGCUUCUCACUUCGAGCCGCCACCACCGUCUUCUCUCCGCGCCCCGCCAGCAGGUCUGAGGCAGAAGGUGCUCACCAGGCUGCAGAGAACAGGUUGAAUUUCAAGAUGUCCUUUGGGAGAGAUAUGGAGCUGGAGCAUUUUGAUGAGCGUGAUAAAGCGCAGCGAUAUGGCAGGGGGUCCCGGGUAAAUGGUUUGCCCAGCCCUACUCACAGUGCCCACUGCAGCUUUUACCGAACCCGUACUCUACAGACCCUGAGUUCUGAGAAAAAAGCCAAGAAAGUUCGUUUCUAUCGUAAUGGAGACCGGUAUUUCAAAGGGAUUGUAUAUGCCAUCUCCCCUGACCGAUUUAGAUCCUUUGAAGCUCUCCUGGCUGAUCUGACCCGAACUCUCUCUGACAACGUGAAUCUGCCCCAGGGAGUGAGAACAAUCUACACGAUUGAUGGCUCCAAGAAGAUUUCUUCCUUGGACCAGCUAGUAGAAGGGGAAAGCUAUGUAUGUGGUUCCAUAGAACCCUUCAAGAAACUGGAGUACACUAAGAAUGUAAACCCAAACUGGUCAGUGAAUGUUAAGACAACUUCUACUUCUCGUUCAGUGCCGUCUCUCGCCACUGCUAAAGGAGGUACUCCAGAUGCAAAAGAGAAUAAGGAUUUCAUUAGGCCUAAACUAGUCACUAUCAUCAGGAGCGGAGUGAAACCACGAAAAGCAGUCCGGAUUCUGCUCAACAAGAAGACAGCACAUUCAUUUGAACAGGUUCUCACUGAUAUAACUGAUGCCAUCAAGCUGGAUUCGGGAGUGGUUAAACGCUUAUACACACUAGAUGGAAAACAGGUGAUGUGCCUUCAGGAUUUCUUUGGCGAUGAUGACAUUUUUAUUGCAUGUGGACCAGAAAAGUUCCGUUACCAGGAUGAUUUCUUGCUGGAUGAAAGUGAAUGUCGGGUGGUGAAAUCCACUUCCUAUACCAAAAUAGCUUCGACAUCACGUAGGAGCACCACCAAGAGCCCGGGCCCAUCCCGACGCAGCAAGUCUCCUGCUUCUACCAGCUCAGUGAAUGGAACCCCUGGUAGCCAGCUCUCUACUCCCCGCUCUGGGAAGUCUCCAAGCCCAUCUCCCACCAGCCCAGGAAGCCUACGGAAACAGAGGGACCUGUAUCGCCCACUCUCUUCGGAUGAUAUGGAUUCAGUAGGAGACUCAGUGUAAAAGAGAAAAUGGAACAAUGUUUAUGGUUUGUGAUUUGGUGAAGGUUUAACAUUUUUAAAGAGAAUAGCUGCUAAUUUACAGUAAUAGUGAAUCGCACAAAAGAGUUUUGCAUAUUUAAUAUUAAAAAACAUGGGGCCAAAUUAAUUCCAGUAUGUGGGGGUAUUUUGGCUUUUUCACUGCAUUUUAAUGCAAGAAUUUGUAAGGAGUGAGCCAUUGAAUAUGCCCAUCAAAUACAAAAUAGCUAUGUGCACACUUUAAGGAACAAAGAGUAGAUAAGGUGAAUAUAACGCACAAAUCCAUAGUGGGCACAUUUAUGAAUAGUGCUCUUUUUAUCAUCUAAGAUACUGAUUAUAUGUUCUGUUUUUAACAUAGGUAUCUUUAUUCAUUUUGCUAUGAACAGUUAAUGAAGGCUUUGCUUUUACCAACAGAUAGGUAAAACGUAGAAAAGAAAAAACCUGCCAUAUUAAACUGCUUGCACCAUGCUGGCUGAUCCCGACACGCACAUUUGGAACAUUCUAAUUUUAGUCUUUUUGUCUAAGUGAAAAGAAAAUGAAGAAAACCUGUGUCGUCACAAGACAAAAAGUAAAUUCUUUCAAAGCAUUUGUGUUCAGGUUCUCUUUCCUGCGUUACAUCUGAUGACUGUAAACAGAAGGGUGUUCACAGGCAACAUGAAUGUCUUACCUGGCAAGAGCUGUGAAUACUGAUCAGCUGUGUGCUGCAAGUGAAUAUGGACAGAUUUCUAAACGAGGAGAUAUGGGGGCUUCCUGGCUCACAGUGUCAUCUGACACACAUCUGAUGACACCUUUUGGAAAAAAACACAUUUUGCCUGAGAAACUAGUGAUUCUUUUCACUUAUGUUAAGGACAUUUUACUUGCUAUAAUAAGAUGUAUUAUGCAUUUUAAAAUGAAAGCCUACAGAAAUGGUGUUACUGUAAAUCAUCCUCCUAUUGACCUAAUUUCUCUGUUUUCAUAAUUUCUAGAGGUGGUUAUUUCGUACAGCAUGAAUAUGCAAAACUCCUUUAGUGUUAAAGUAGGUCAUGCAUUAUAACCAGUUGCUUAACAAAUAUCUACUAAUUUUAUUUGUUUUCUGCUGCUUUAUUAUUGUGAGAAUCUUAGCUGACUAACAUACGUAACAGCAAUAUUUCCCACUGUAUGUUGAAUAUUGCUUUAAAGUUUAUCUGUUGUAUUUAAGCCCGUAGUAUAAUCAUCACACAUUUAUGCUGUCUUAUAGUGUUCCUUUUAUUAUCUCAAAUACUAAUGAUUUAAAAAUUAUAAAUUAGUGUGGUUCUGAUCCUCAGCAAAAAUCUAUAGAGAUUAUAUUUUUGAGCUACUUAGUGAUGACUUAAUAUAUUUUGAAACCAGGAAAAUUUACCUAAUAGCAGAAAAUGUUUAGCUGCUACAUGCCAGCUUUUAAAUGCAGUGAAAUAAUUCCUUUACACUGAAUUGUGCAUAAUAAAAUUCACCAGCUGGAAAAUGCUGGCAUGCGAUGUUACGGCUUCACUAUAUCCUUAUUGUUUUCUAUAUGGAGGAUAUUUGCAAAAAUAAGUAAAAGGGCAGCAGAAUACAAAACUUACCUUCUCUGUUUUCAAUACUUGCUUCCAGUAUCACCUGGAGAGAAAGUCAUUGAUUUGGCAGGUUUGCUGAAGCAAUUAGGUCAUUCCCUUUUGCAAUGCAUAUUUUGCCAUUCCCGCUUCAGACUUCAGAUCUGAAACUGUUCCCAGCAAUAGGAACAGGUCCACCCCCCUACACCCCAUGCCCGGAUCCUAAGACUAUCCUACUCUACUGGAAAAGUUCACAGCUGUGAAGUUACUUGUAUUUUUGCCUGCUACAAGGGAAUGUCUUUGUAAAAUGUAUUACUUAAUCCCAAGAAAUGCAUAUUAUAGAAAGAUGCAUUGGGAUCAGUUUCCAAAAAUUCAGACAGCUCCACCAGACUGAACAAAAUACCUACUGACAUUUUGAAAAUUGUUUUUUCUUGUAAAGAAAAUAAAUUCCAGGAAUUUUGCUUUUCCUCCCUUCUGCUACAUAGGCUGCUGCUGCUUAAGGCAGUUUACUAAGAAUGUUUGUUCUGCACAGGGAGCAAGAUUUCCAGAAAACCUGAAUCCCACGGCUUUCCUUAGCUGUGGAAAAGAAAAAUGGACCUUAUAUCAGUAAUUGUUAUCAUAGUGAGUUCUCCAUCAAGACUGUUUCAAAGAAUAUGCUAGUCCAUAACAUUUAAUCAUUUCAACAUGUGACUUGUACUAAGGGGCUAUUCAGGGGCAAUACGUAUCAUUACUAUUUCGUUUAAGGAAUGAAAGUCCCUUAGAGAUUGAAAAGGCACACUGUUUAUAGACUUUGAGAUCCUUUUUGUGUGGAAUGUAAUUCCCAUUAUACAUGAGCAGAAAUGAAAUGUUUCUUUUGAGCAAGACCAGAAGGUUUCAGUUUAUGGGUGAAACUGAAAUUAUCUUUCUUGAUGCUGUAGUUCUGCUUGCAGCAGCGCAGGUUUUAGUUUGUCCCUAGAUUUCAUUGACUUCAUUAAAUAACCGAAUAGCUUAAGCAACUUCAUAGUGUUUGAACCUCUUAUAGUUUUCUGUAUGCUGCAUUAUUUGUGCCUACUCUAAGGUGAUUAUGAUGUAGCUAAAGACUCUUGUAUAGAUUGUGAAUGCUUUGCUUCCCUCUGAGCUUAAUGAAUACUUGUGAUUAUUUCCCUAAUGCUUCCUGCAACUUUCUGGGUUUUUUUUCAUCUUUUUUCUUCUUCUUUAUGCAACGAACAGUUCACAUGUGAAGCACAGAAUGUCUAUGUUUAUAUUUAUAUGCACAUGCACACACACACACACACAUAGAUUAAUGGCUUUGAAACCCAUGCACAGUUAUGUCACAUUUGUGGCUUUAAACAAGUAUGUGGGGAAAAUAUAUUGAUGGGAAGAUGUUCAUCAGGUGGGAUUUGCUGUAUCUCUGUUAAUGCCGGUACUUGCUGAGCAGCUCUCCCGAGGAAGCCUGUACAAGUUUAAGAAAUCUCAUGUACAAACAAGGGCUAAGUUCUACUCACUUUAAAGUCAGUGGCAAAACCAGGACUGACUUCAGGGUGGGAAGGAUAGGACCUUACGCACAAACAUAUAUGCACAGACAAAGCAUUAAUCAGGAAUUCAAAGUGGUAUUAUUUCAACAGGUUCAGACUUGUGUCUCCUCUUGAACUGCACUUUUCUGCAGUGUAUUAAGUCAUGCAAUAUUAGAAGUUAUUUUGUUGAAAUCAGUAAAAUCAUUAACAUUCAUUAUCCAAUGUGAAAAUUGCUUUUCAAUUUGUAAAAUAAUUCAGUGACAGUGCAUUAUAUUUAGCUAUUUUUCUCUUUAAAUCGUUUUCACAGGGAAUAGAUGGCUGUAAAAUGAAAAUUCUUGGGCAUUAAUACAGUGUCUAUAAAUGUAUAUUAUAAGAAAGAAUACAUAAAGUUAAACAGCCUUGAAGAACACCUGGGUUGAGACUGAAAUAAAUAAUAGUGUUUGCCUUUACAGUUUCAUACUUUACACUACAAUGUGAAUUUUAUACAGUGCAGUAUGUUACAAAAAAUAUCCUCCAACUCUGAAUGUAAACAGUGAAUUAACAGUGAUACAAAAAAGAACCUCUGGUCAACCCAUGUUUACUGUUUUGUCAAAAGUAGUAGAGAAAUGAGCAAUCAGAAAAGCUUUAUGGUGCUAAAGUACCUACUCACUUGAUGAACACUUAGAUUAAUGUUGUCUGUGCUUUUUCUUGUAUCCAGUGGACGGUAUACAAGCGAAUACAAGAUUGUCCUUUAUUUAAUCUUCACUUUCAGUUUAUCUGUUAGUGACGGGAUGAGAACUUGUAACUGUGAGCGAUCAAUAGGAAAAUAACCUGAUGUCACGCAGCCAGCAGUAGCUUUACGUGCAGAGCACAGCCAGCAAGUGGUUGUCACACCCUUUGGAGCGGGGUGAGCUGCCCCCCAGGACAGCCCUCCCUUCGGAAAGUGCUGCUGGCCCCACAGAGCAGAGGCUGUUCCGAGCUGCCUGUGCAGCCCUCACACCUUUUUGGCGGGCUCAGGUUGCCUCUUUCACCUCGCACCCCAUCUCUCAGACUGUCUGAGCACCCUAACUCCCCGCGGAAGGCCAUGGGUACGUAGAUACACGCGUCACGUACGCACACAGUAGAGAAGGGUUACAAACGCACUGCACACAUACACACUCCUAUGCAUUUUAGUGUCUGUAUUUGCGCAUGUUGAUUAUAUUCACAUUUGCUUAAAUUAACCCUCAGCAGUGAAGUAUGAAAAAAGCUGUACUGUAUUCAGCGUGUACUCGUUGUCUGAUGUUAUAUGAGGUAAUUAGUUUGUGGUUUGCCCUGCAAUACAGUGUUUUGGAAUUUGGACUCUAGUGAAAGAGGAGCUAAAGAUGUUUGUGCUAAGGCCUCUUCUUUUUGUUAGUUGCACUAUGAUAUUGUAAAUAUUGGCACAUCUACAACAUAAGUUUAAGAUUUUACGAAGUUACGCAUUCAAUUAUUUUUUUUAAAGAAAAGUGCUUGGAUAUUUGCUUUUUAAAAUAUACCAUUUUUGUAUUAAUGUGAUGCAGGAAACCAAAAAGAAAGCUGUUGAUUUAUCAACAAAAAUGUAAAACUUGCAAAAAUAAAUGCCGAUGAAUGUUUUAUUUCAUAUAAUCAGCUGAAGAAAAUCACCUUCAUUUUUGUGCCAUUGUUUCAUCAUACUGUGUUGUACUUGUGUUUCAUAUUUGACCAUGUCAUCCUGGUUGCAAUUUGUUGUUUCUCUAGAUUUAACAUUACUGUAGAUUAUUGUAAGCGAUGUAAUAAAUAUAUUUAAAAAAUA